AUGUCGGAAAAAAAGGUUAGGAAACUAGGUAUAAUUGACCCUUGUUCUUAUUCAAAUCCUGAAAAAGUAAGAAUCAAGCACUUGGCAUUAUUUUUAGACAUUAAUUUUGAGAAAAAUAUUUUGCAAGGAAAAGUUCAUUUAACUUGUGAAAAAAAAGAGAAUGUAACUACAAGUCACUUGGUUCUGGACUGUAAGGACCUAAAAAUUAGUAAAGUGGUACAUUUGUCAACUAAUAAAAACUUAAAUUUUGAAAUUGGGGAAAGUUAUCAAUCUUUCGGAAGUGCAUUAACUAUAACAUUGCCUGUAAAAGAAACAAAUGAGAAUGUGUAUGAAAUUAGUAUUGAAUAUGAAACAUCACCUGAGGCAAGUGCACUUCAGUGGCUUUCAGCAAAACAAACUCUUGGAAAGCUGGAGCCUUUUAUGUUUAGUCAAUGCCAAGCUAUACACUGUCGUUCAAUUAUACCAUGCCAAGACACUCCUUCUGUUAAAUUCCCUUAUACAGCUGAAAUAAGUGCUCCAAAGCAGUUGAUGGUACUCAUGAGUGGAAUUAAAAAUGGUGAUCCUCAACUUGUUGAGACUAACAAGUUAAAAUGGAAAUUUACUCAAAAAAUUCCUAUUCCAUCAUAUUUAAUAGCCAUUGUCGCAGGUAGACUUAAAGGAAAAAUUUUGGGUUCCAAGUCUAGUGUUUAUUCAGAGCCAGAAAUACUUAAAGAAUGUGCAUUUGAGUUUUCAGAGACUGAUAAAAUGUUGAGGGCUGCCAUUAAAAUCUGUGGGCCCUAUGUUUGGGAUAAAUAUGAUUUAUUGGUUUUACCACCAUCGUUUCCUUUUGGAGGAAUGGAAAAUCCAUGCCUUACAUUUGCAGGUGAUCGAUCUUUGGCCAAUGUCAUAGCACAUGAAAUAGCUCACAGUUGGACAGGAAACUUAGUUACAAAUGAAAAUUUUGAACAUUUUUGGUUAAAUGAAGGUUUUACAACUUUCAUCGAAAGAAAAAUUAUUGGUGCAUUGUAUGGAGAACCACAAAGACAUUUCUAUGCAAUUUUAGGUUUAGAAUCUUUAAAAGAAACUGUAACAACUUUAGGAGAAUCAAAUCCUCUGACUUGUUUAGUUCCACAAUUAAAACUUACAGAUCCAGAUGAUGCUUUUUCAUGUGUACCUUAUGAAAAGGGUCAUACCUUUUUAUUUUAUUUGGAAACUCUUUUAAACGAGGACGGAAAGUUUAGUGCUUUUUUACAAAGCUAUUUGGAUAAAUUUAAAUUUUUAACGGUCAAAACAAAUGAUUUUAAAAAUCAUCUAUACGAGUUUUUUGAUAAUCGUACGUCAAUAUUGGAUAGUAUAGAUUGGAAUACAUGGCUUUAUUGUCCGGGAAUGCCUCCAGUCAUACCUGAUUACGAUCGAAGCUUGUUGAUUGUCGUUGAAAAUUUGAUUGAAAAAUGGUGGAAUUGGGUUCCAACGGAAGAAUGUUUGUUUAAUUGUUGUCCCUUCACGAUAGCAGAAUUCGAACCCCUUAUAAGUGCUCAAAAAUGCAUGUUUUUUUCAAAAUUAUUAGAAAAAGAAUCGUUUGAUAUUCAAAAAUUGAAAUUGAUGCACAAAGUUUAUCAUAUGGAAGAAGUACAAAAUUCGGAGGUUAAAUUUGCUUGGUUAAGAGUUUGUGUGAAAUCAAAAUGGCAGGAUAGAAUUCCAGACGUUUUGAAAUUUUUAAACGAUCAAGGACGAAUGAAAUUCGUUCGUCCACUUUAUAGAGAUUUGUACAAUUGGGAAUAUUCACGGGAAAUCGCAAUUGAUAAUUUUAAUAAAAAUCGAAAAUAUAUGAUGUUUGUUCUCGCUAAUCAAUUGGAAAAAGAUUUGCAUUUAAAUGAGGUAAAAACCAAUAAUUAA